AUGUUAAAAGAAAGAGGGGUGGAUGUGGUGUUAAUUCAAGAAACCAAGAGAAGAACUUUGGAGGUAACUCUCAUUAAAUCUAUUUGGCCUUUUGAUAAAAUGGAUUAUAUGGGAGUAGAUGCUGAUGGCAGGGCUGGAGGUCUACUGUGUAUCUGGCAUCCUGAUAGAUUCAAGGUUGUUGAUUGUUGUGGCUCCAGAAAUUUUAUUAUUUUAUCAAGUAUCAGUGGUCAGUCCUUUGAAUGCUCUAUGGUGAAUGUCUAUGCUCCCAACGAUGUUGGCAAAAGAAGACAAUUAUGGGAAUCUUUAAAGAAUCUGAAAAUCUCAUACCCGAAUCCUUGGUGUAUGGGUGGAGAUUUUAAUGAGAUUAGAUUCCUCAGUGAAAGGAAGGGGUGCUCCAGGAGGGAUAGAGGUAUGAAUGAUUUUAAUGAGCUGAUUGAUCAGUUGAACCUUGUUGAUUUGCCAAUGAAGGGAAGAAGAUUCACGUGGUGUAAUGCACAAGAUGGGAAGAGAUGGAGUCGGAUAGAUAGGUUGCUUCUGGAGAUGAAGAGCUCAUGGGAGGUACAACUUCAACUGGGUUGGGCGGGGUUUAGAUUGAUGAGAAAGCUUGCCUCACUCAAAGUCAGUCUUCGAAGAUGGAAUGUAGAGGUGUUUGGUCAUGUGGAAGCAGAACUUAAGAAUGCGGAAGAGGAUUUACACGUUUUGGAUUUGGUGGCUGAAGAAAGAGCAUUGUCAGAAACAGAAGCAAAUUCAAGGAGAGAAGUCAGAGGGCUAGUUUGGAAUUUGCAUAGAAGGAAGGAGAGUUUGUGGCAUCAAAAAUCUAGAAUGCUGUGGGCUAAGUGUGGGGACAAGAAUACAAGGUUUUUUUUUUCCAUAUGA